AUGUCUCGCAGUUCUACUGAAGCUGAGUAUCAUGGUCUGGCUAAGACUGCUACUGAGUGGCUCUAUUUGUCAAAGUUAUUCAAAGACAUUGGUUUUCAGUUACCUUCUCUUCCAUUUCUCUGGUGUGACAAUCAAUCUACCAUUCAUCUUGCUUCCAAUCCAGUGUUUAGUGCCCGAACCAAACAUGUGGAGCUUGCUGAUAUUUUUACCAAACCUUUAUCUGCUGCCAGACAUUCUCUUCUUCGAACCAAGCUCACAGUGCGUUCUCCUCCCUUCAGCUUGAGGGGAGCUAAAGGCAGUAAAUAG